AUGGAUGCCUCUCGGUCCUCCUCGCGCCCAAGGCCCUCCUCUAGGCCAACGACACCCCUCCGCCCAAGCUCGCGCUCAUCAUUUCGGGAAGCCCACGGCUAUGGACACAGCAUCAGCAAUUCAGGAUACACACAACCCGCCAUCAAUGCGUUGGAACCCCAGUUCGCGGAGCUAGCGGACUCCAUGGCCGACCUCGAAGCCAACUUCAUGCACUUGCAGUUGAUGCACGAGAGCCUGACGCGCUUCAGCGAGAGCUUCGCUAGUUUCCUCUAUGGAUUGAAUAUGAAUGCCUUCUGUAUUGAUUUUCCAGAGGCUCCAAUUGGUGACUCCUUUAGGAAAGCGAAGCAGGACGAGGAAGACCAGAAGGAGGUGGAACCAGAACAAACGCGACCGACUGAUGAUGGCGAGAUGACAUUUAUGACUACGGACACAACGUUUGUGGAGAACCCUCCGAGCACUGCGAAACCCACUUCCAGGUAUGCUACAGGGUCACGAGCAUCCUCGCGAGGCACUGCCCGUGGUGCAGCGACUAGUCGGUACACUACACGAGGUACUACUCGUGGUGCGCGUGGAAGUGGACUACCCCGAGGCCGAGGAAUCGGAAUGCGGUAA